CCUCCAGUCCAUGUGAUCCAGUCUCCGUUUUCCCUUUGCUCCAGAGCAGGGUGGCGAGUGGACAGCGAGUCUGUCCAGCAGCCUGUUUGAAGCAAAGCAUGGAGUCGGCAAGCGGCUCAGCAUUCCGGAGCAUGGCCACUUGAGCCUGGGAUGCGCGGGGAGUCGGGGGCAAGCUUGACCAGGACCCAUCCUUGAGGCUACCUUCGCCUGGGGACCACAAGACGCUCGCCGGCCAGCCGGCCAUGGACUCCCGGCUGUUCCUGCUGCUGCUGCUGUCCCCCAUCUCCCUCUCCCUCUGGUUUUGCGGGCUUGUCUCCUCCGAGCUGCUCAGCAUCUGCUCCUCAUCUCCAUGCAAGAAUGGAGGCACCUGUAAAGACUUGGAAGAUGGCUACAGGUGCCUCUGUCCCCAGAGCCUCUCAGCCUAUGUGGGAAAAGACUGCGAGUACCUCUAUGACGUGUGCGCCGGGCACCCCUGCCUACCUGAGUGGAUCUGCCACGGGACUCCUGGACUCCUAAACUACACCUGCCAUUGUCAGCCCAGCUUGGCAGGUCUCUCCUGCAGCAGCGAAGGCGAGGUGUGCAAGAGCAGCCCCUGCCUGCAGCCUCACUUGCAGUGUGUGGAGCUGCCUGGUGGGUAUGGCUGCCAGUGCCCGAGCGGGGGCAGCUGCCAGGCUGGGCCUUCCCUUUGCUCCAGCCAGCCCUGCCGCAACAACGGCACCUGCGUGGAGAGUGCUGGGGAGUACAGCUGCCGGUGCCAAGCUGGCUACAGCGGUGCCCACUGCGAGGAGGACGUGGGCGAGUGUGCCUCUAGCCCGUGCCAGAAUGGGGCCAUCUGCCUGGACAGGGCUAACGAGUACAGUUGUUUCUGUGUGCCUGGCUUCCAGGGCUACCGCUGCGAAAUAGACAUCAACGAGUGUGCCUCCCGGCCUUGCCAACACAACAGCACCUGCCUCAACCUGAUGGACCACUAUGCUUGCCAGUGCCUGCCUGGCUACACAGGUGUGAACUGUGAAGUGGAGGUUGAUGAAUGUGAGUCGGGCCCUUGCUGGAACGGCGGCACCUGCAGUGACCAUGUUGGGUUUUUCACCUGCUCGUGUACACCUGGGUAUGAGGGAGCACAGUGUGAGGUGGACGUCAAUGAGUGCCAGAACCACCCGUGUCUCAAUGGGGGAAGGUGCCUCGACCUCAUCAACAGCUACCAGUGUGACUGCCUCAACACGGGCUUUGAAGGGCAUCAUUGUGAACUGGAUAUCUUGGAAUGUGCCUCCCAGCCUUGCCAGAAUGGCGGUACCUGCCUGGAAGGGGUUGGAUGCUACAGCUGUGUUUGCUGGCCAGGAUACGUAGGGGAACACUGUGAAGUUGAUGUAGACGAAUGUGCCGCCGUGCCCUGCCUCAAUGGGGGCCAGUGCUUUGAACGGUCCAAUCAGAGCUACUACGGAGAUCACAUAGACUUCCCCCUGCACUUCACCUACCAGGAAGCCGCUGGAUUCAUUUGCAGGUGCCAGCCAGGCUUUGAUGGAGAGACUUGUUUCUUCAACAUUGAUGAAUGUACAUCCCAACCAUGUCAGAAUGGAGGGAGCUGUGUGGAUCUGGUGAACAGCUAUCAGUGUCACUGCCUGCCAGGGUACUCAGGUGUGGAGUGUGCCACUGACAUUGAUGAGUGCGAAGACCACCCCUGCCAAAACGGAGGAGCCUGCGAAGAUGGCAUCGCUGACUACAUCUGCCAUUGCAUCCUUGGUCCAAAUGGCAUUGCCUGGGGUGGGAAGAACUGCUCUGUGGAGCUGACCGGGUGCCAGAACCACAGUUGCCAAAACGAGGCCUUGUGCAUCCCCACCUACCAGUCUGAGUCCCACGGCCACCUGUGCCGCUGCCACCCUGGCUUCUAUGGCUCCACGUGUUCCACGCCAACCACCUUCUCCUUCACAACCAGUGUCUACCUCUUCAUCAACAUGACUGCAGACGACAAGAGUGCCAGGGAGGCGCCAGAGGGGCACCAAGCCAGUGUGGCUCUCCGGUUCCGGACCACCCUCCCCAAUGCCAUCCUCUUCUACCGAGGCCAGCCAGGAGAACACCUUCUUCUGGAGCUCUCUGGUGGCCUCCUGCGAGUGACACUUUUGAUGCAGGACACUCCGUUGUCUUUCACGUUGGAGGCACCGAAGGUGGCUGAUGGCCAUUGGCACAAGGCAGAAGUCCUGCUGCAGGAUUCUCUCGUGCUCAAACUCUGGCAUGAAGCCUGUGCUGGGGGUGUUUGUCUGCAUAGCAGCCCCAUUGGAGAGGGAGCCCCCAUUUCAUUCCUGCCCUCCUUUUUGCACAUAUAUAUUGGAGGAGUUGAAGAGGACUUAACGCCUAAUCCAACAAAGAGUUUCCUUGGUUGCUUGGAAGACUUGCAGAUUGAUUCUAAGGUUGUCUUGCCACAGGAGGUGAUCGGACAGAAAGCCUCUGGGUUUGAGCUGGGCUGCGAGAGGACAGAGUGGUGUCACUCCCAGCCCUGUUCACAUGGCGGCCAGUGCAUUGACCUCUGGGCAGACUUCCGCUGUCACUGUGCUCGGCCUUACGAAGGCCGUACAUGCGCCUAUGAGUCUCCUGCAGGAACUUUCAGCCAAGACAACUCAUCAAGCUUUGCUGCCUUUGCAGUUAGCAGCAGUCUCGGGGCAAACUUUAACCUUUCGUUUUUCAUCCGAACUCUGAGGCCCAGUGGUCUGGUGACCCAAAUCAGCAACCAAAGUGAAGUUUUCCUCACAGUGUAUCUGAAGGAUGGGCAGCUCCAGCUGGAGGCACCUUCUGCUGCUCCCAUUGGGCCAACUGGGCAGCUGGCGGAUGGCACCAGGCACUUUGUGGUGCUUUCUUUCCACAAUGGUCUUGUUUACACCAGCCUUUUAGGCAGAGAGGAGGAACUGGGACCCCUGGUGGUGACUCCUCUCACCCCUGGCUUCGUGGUUCAUGUGGGUGGACUCCCGGACCAAGACAGUGCUGCCUCGUGGGGAGGGCCUUUUAAAGGCUGCCUUCAGGAUGUUCGACUCAAUGAUUGGCAGAUGCAGUUUGCCCCUCAUCUGGCUGCUAACCACAGUGGCCCACAAGAGAGGCUUGUGGGGCAAACCACCAACGUUGGUUUCGGAUGCACCUCUGAUGACACCUGCAAGUCUGGGCCAUGCCUCAAUGGCGGCCAGUGCACCGUCACGUGGAAUGACUUCAGCUGCAGCUGCCCAGCCAACUUCACAGGCAAGCGCUGCCACAAGAGAGUCUGGUGCAUGAGUGAGCUGUGUCCUCAAGCCACAACCUGCGUGGAUGUCCCUUCCGGCUAUGUCUGUCUGGCCACGGCCACAUUUCAUGAGCGUGACGCAGCUGAAUUCACAGCCAAUGCGUCCAUCACCAGAGCCCUUCAUAGCCUCCGCCUGGACUUCAGAACAAGGGACCAAGACAGCAUCUUGCUGCGGGCCAUGGUGGCUGUGGAUUCCCUUCUGGUGGCCAUCCAGAACUCCUCUCUGCUGGUAGAGAUCAGGAGUGGGAACGGCGUCGAGGGGGCAAACCUCCUCGGCCAGGUGCCAGUCUCGGAUGGCGCCUGGCACACGCUUUUGCUGUCCAUGGAAGAUCCCUUGGCUCUCUCGUCAAGAUGGCACCUUUGUCUGGAUGGGUCCGUCAACACAACCCUCCAGGGCAAUGCUGGGAACCUGGACUUUCUGAAGAGCAACGCCCUCAUUGUCCUGGCUGAAAACUUCACUGGCUGCCUUGGACACGCAGAUGUGGGUGGAGUGCUCCUGCCACUGGCCGCCCCCACCGCGUACCCACAGCCAGAACAGUUCCUGCAGACCAACAGCCGGGCAACCCUUCUUGGCUGCCAGGGGCAAGACGUCUGUGCCCCCAGCCCAUGCCUCCACCAGGGCACCUGCCAGGACCUCUUCAACGCCUUCAGCUGCGCCUGCAGUCCUGGGUGGGAGGGGCCGCUGUGCGAGGCCAACAUUGACGACUGCAAGUCCAGCCCCUGCCUCCAUGGCACCUGCAUAGAUGAAGUGGCUGAUUUCCAGUGCAACUGCGAGAAGGGCUACAUUGGGAAGCGCUGCCACAUUAACGUGGACGACUGCAUUAGGCACCAGUGCCAGAAUGGUGGGACCUGUGUGGAUGGGGUCUACAGCUACUCCUGCAAGUGCCCCCCACAGUACACAGGCCCUCACUGCGAGUGGCCGUUCCCUCCUGAGCAAUGCGGGAAGAACUUCACCUGCCUGAAUGGCGGCAAGUGCAUGAGUGGCAUCUGGGGAGCCAACUGCACCUGCAAGCCAGGCUACACAGGCAGAAGAUGCCAGAUCAACAUCAAUGACUGCGACCCCAAUCCCUGCCAGAAUGGGGGGACCUGCCAGGAUUCCGUAAACCGGUAUCGAUGUGUGUGCAGUGCCAGCUACACUGGGGAGCGAUGUGACAUUGACAGGGGGACUCCAGGUGCUCUCUUCCCAUUCCCAUUAAUUGAAGUAGCGGUGCCAGUAGCCUGUGGUUGCCUGCUGCUGCUCAUUAUUAUCUUCGUGCUUAUGAUCCUCACGGCCCGGAAGAGGCGCCAGUCUGAGGGGACCUACAGCCCAAGCCAGCAGGAGGUGGCAGGAGCUCGCCUGGAGAUGGACAGUGUGCUCAAGGUGCCGCCGGAGGAGCGCUUAAUAUAGGCCCUGCUCUAGCGAGGCAAAGGGCUGCCUUGGCAA